CUGCAUAUCCCUGAGGACAUGCGUGUAACGUCUUGGAAUUGCUGGAGGAUUUCCGUUAUCUAACGUGGCUUUGCAACAGCCAUUUCGUCAAACAUAGACCCUCAACUCUUCUGAGCUCCGUACCCUGGCAUGUGGGGACAGCAAGCUGCCUUAUAUAAAGACAAUAUGAGGACCAGGCAUUAAGAGAAGAUACGAGAACCCUCCGGAUCUCUUUGAAGGCAGGAAGACAGGGAGCUUUAUGUCCUUUCGGCCUGGAAGUUUCUGCAGAUAUGCCUCGGAGAAUCCUGGAAAUUUCUGCAGAUAUUCCUCGGAGAAUCCUGGAAGUGGGAUGCAAACAGCUCUCAGAGUCAGAGACACAGAGCUACAGUGCCGCAAUGUGGGCGCUUACAGGUGGAUCACACAUAUGUUUAAAACAGGUCUGGCAGCAGAAGGCCUCUGUUGUCCUGUACAGCAACUGAAGAUAUAAUCCUGCCCUAUAUGAUAGCUGGAGACAUAUGACCUCUGUCCCACAACAAAAGCACUGAGACAACAGAAGCCUACUAGAGUAAUCAUCCAGAUAUUAACGAUAAAGCACGGGGAAUUAGACAAUUUUCUCAAGUUUCUGAAACAGAGGUGACAGAAGCAGGGAGAGACUGUGACAGCUGCAGUCCUGGGCUGGAGUCACCUGUGGAGAGUCUCUAAGGCAACCCCAUGAGGAAGAGCUGCCUCCCAGAGUCGCUACCUGGAGAUGGUGAGAUGGCUGCAGCCCUGCAGAGGGAUCACUAAAGCAGCCCUGCUUUCAAUGCCCUGGACCCCAGCAAUGCAGAGGUUUGUGCAAUCAUACUACAAAUUGACACUGAGGAGAGAGCCAGAGAAGUCCCUGAUCACAGAGGCAUGAAGUACAGAUGAACCAGAGCAAGAAGUCCACGCUCAGCUGAAGCAACAGAAACUUCGGCCUCACAACCUUCAGAACAGGGUAGAUACACAACCUAGCAGGGAAGAAAACUUUUCUUAAAAAACAGCAGCUCCUCACCUUCCCUGGCUCAUCACCCAAUCAAUGUCUUUGCUCUGGAAUUCAAACUCCUGAACAUAAGUUCUUUAGCUACAUGUCAUAUUGGCUCCCUGUAGAAGUUAGGCAUACAUGAUCAGUAAAAGGGAAAAAAAACAUGUGUGAAUGUGUUUGACCGUGUGCCUGUUAAGUAUGCUGAACAUUAACAGGUUGUCUAAAAACAAAGAUGAGUAAUUCAGAGAACAAGAGGAAUGAGGACUUCAGACAGAAAUGACCUUUAAAAUGUUCAAAAAAGAGAAAACCAAAAAUGAAUAUGAAAAUUGGAAUGUAAGGUAGGAAUUCUGAGACUUAUACAGGUACCAAAGCAUGCAGGUUUAUCAGGGCAGUUUUCCAAAAAAAGGUUACUUCUAAAAUUAGCUGAUACGUGUUAAGCACAUGGGUGAUAACCUCAGUGAACCUUGUAAUUGUGUAAAGGCACAAGACAAGAAUCAAUACAAGCUAUCAUUGUGGUAUAGAUUUGGAUGACAGUGGCUGAAACUUUUUAUAGUGAGAGAUAUACUGUCUACUUUAUAUUCAAAUAUACCAUAUUUAGUUAGAAACAAGAUUGGGUAUACAAAAAGAUAAGGGGCCUGAAAAAAACUUCCAUAUCAUUAAAUAAUAAAUAGGAGGACCAAUGUUCUCUAAGAAGUGAAAGAAAGAAGACUGAAGAAUAGUUUUAUUUUCAAUCUGACAUUAACAAAAAGCUAAAUUCAUACAUAACUUCAUGGAGCAGGUAAAAAGGUAUCUUCACUAUACUUAAACUACCUUUAUAAGAAACCAAAUGGUCAUGCUAUUUGUCUUUUCCAAACUUCCAAAUGUACAUGUGAAGAAUUCACACCCUGAAAUAAGAGUCAACACUUCAAGGUCAUCUAGAUAAAAAGAAAACUCGAAUAUUAAACUCCUUGGCCAUCAAAGAAUCCUCAAAGGUACACAUUGACUAUAAUAGGUAGCAUAUAUGCAUUAAUUCUUUCAGUGGUUAACCUGAUAUUUCCCUGCAUCUAACCCUGUAUUUUACCAGUUACUUUCAGAGUCUACACUGACAUUAUUUUUUGUUCUCCUUGUCAACCUAUGCACUACCUCACUCUCCUAUUCUUCUUACUGUAGAAUAUAAACACUGAAAGAUUAUGGCCCCAAGCAAUUUCAGUACCUUGCAUGUUUUUAUCCUGCUUGGCUUCUCUGACCACCCUCAACUGGAAAUGAUGCUCUCUGGAGUUGUCACCUUCUUUUACAUUAUCACUUUGGUGGGUAACACAGCUAUCAUUCUUGCAUCCCUCCUGGAUCCCCAUCUUCACACACCAAUGUACUUUUUUCUCAGGAAUUUAUCUUUCCUGGAUUUGUGUUUCACAACAAGCAUUGUCCCUCAGAUGCUGGUUAACUUGUGGGGACCUGAAAAGACCAUCAGCUCUGUGGGUUGUAUUGUUCAGCUUUAUGUGUAUAUGUGGCUAGGCUCUAUUGAAUGUCUCCUCCUGGCUGUUAUGUCCUAUGAUCGAUUCACAGCUAUAUGUAAGCCAUUGCAUUAUUUUAUAAUCAUGAAUCCACAUCUGUGUAUCAAGAUGAUUGCCAUGGUCUGGAGUAUUAGUUUGGCCAACUCUGUAAUAUUAUGCACACUCACUGUGAAUUUGCCUCGCUGUGGACACAAUGUUUUGGAUCAUUUCUUGUGUGAGUUACCAGCCAUGGUCAAGAUAGCUUGUGUAGACACCACAACAGUCGAAAUGUCUGUUUUUGCUCUAGGCAUUGUCAUUGUCCUUAUGCCCCUCAUCCUUAUUCUUAUUUCCUAUGGCUAUAUAGCCAAAACUGUGCUCAACAUGAAGUCAAAGGCAGGCCAGCAAAAGGCAAUGAAUACCUGUGGGUCUCAUCUGACUGUGGUCUCCAUAUUCUAUGGAACUAUUAUCUAUAUGUACUUACAACCAGGUAACAGGGCUUCCAAAGACCAGGGCAAGUUCCUCACCUUGUUUUACACCAUCAUCACUCCAAGUCUCAACCCCCUCAUUUAUACCCUAAGGAACAGAGACAUGAAAGAUGCACUGAAAAAACUCAUGAGAUUUUACCACAGAUUUGCAGAAGUAAAGAGAAACUAGAUGUCAGAGAAAACUAUUGGAGAGGACAAAGCAAUGAAGUAGCUUCUCUAAUUCAGAUUUGAAUAGAGAACAGUGGCUGAAGUAAUUCUUACAUCCAGAACUUGAAUGGGUUCAAACAACUUGAGGAUCAUCAAGCAGAACUUCAGGUUUGUUUGUUUGUUUGUUUGUUUGUUUGUUUGUUUUUGGAGACAGGGUUUCUCUGUGUAGCUUUGAAGCUUGUCCUGGAACUCACUCACUCACUCACUCUGUAGACCAGGCUGGACUCGAACUUACAGAGAUCUGCCUGCCUCUGCCUCCAGAGUGCUGGAAUUGGAGACAUGGCAACCACCUGGCAGAUCUUCAGGUUUCUAACUAUCGGCGUAUUCUCAGAGAACACAUGUCACUAAGAAUCUGUUUGCUGAAAUGUAAACUUGACUGCAUUUUGAUUUGUUUUACAGACCCAUGGAAACUGCUUUGUUUCAUUCUAUAUUUUCUAUACUAAUGUUCACAUAUUCCAAAACAUUGACCCAAAUGAUUUCAUGCCCAUUGUAUUUUAUACAUUAAAUAACUAUACACAAAUAAUUUGAAUUAUUUAUUUGUCUGUCUGUGUAUUUUGAGUCAGGUUUUCAUGAAAUCAAGACGAUCUGAAAAGACUUAUGUAGAUGAGGAUGACCAUGAGCUUCUUGUUCCUCCUGCCUCAAUCUCUCAAAUUCUGGGGUUAUAGAUAUACGUUCAUGUUACAGGCAUGUGCCAUAUCCCCAGUCUGAGUGGUGCUCUGUAUUGAACCAAGGGUUUCAUAUAGGCUCCGUAAACACUCUACCAACUGCACUAUGUUUCCAGCCCUGUAGAUAAUUUUAUAUAACGAAUAAUUUUAACAUCAUCCAAACAUUUAUUUAUAUUUAGCUCAGAUAAUGUGAUCAUUAUCUGAGCAGCAAUCAUCUUAACCCCCACCUCAAGAAUGACUUGUUCACCCUUUGUUCAGUGAUACUUGGUACUAACAUCUUUUGCAACUACCUACUAUUUUUUCUGAGAUGAGUGAAUGAAAACUAACAGAUUAAAAUGUUUUAAAAGUGACCAACACAGGGCUGGAGAAAUGUCUCGGUAGUUAAGAGCAUUUGUUGGUCUUCCAGAUGACCUGAGUUUGAGUCCCAGAUCCCAUGUGGCUGCUCACAACUGUCUCUAUUUCCAGUUCCAGAGCAUCUGACACUCUCUUCUGUCCCCCAAGGUUGCCAAGCACACAUGUAGUAUACAGCCAUCUAUCUAGUCAGGCAAAACACCAAUAACAUAAAAUAAAU